AUGUUCAAGUUUGCUGCCCGUGCCCUUCGUACUCCUGCCUUGAGAGCCCCAAUCGUGAGCAAAGCUCCAGUGGCCUUUAGAGCUAUGCAGCCAAUCCGUUUUUACGCCGCUGCCCCAAUCACUAAGGAGGAGGUCACCAACAGAGCUUUUGAAGCUUUGAAAACCAUCGCUGCUUUGCAGGAGUCCAACAUCUCCAUCGAAUCCGAUUUCCAGAAAGAUUUGGGCUUGGACUCCUUGGACACCGUCGAGGCGCUUGUUGCUUUGGAAGAGGAGUUUGACAUUGAGAUCCCAGACAAGAUCUCCGAUGAAAUCAAGACGGUGGGCCAGGCUGUCGACUACAUUUUCGAGGAAGAGCAGAAGUUGUAA